UUUCCAUUUUAUUUUCAUAUUUUUCCUAGCAACAGCAUUUUGCCUCGACUGGUUCCCAUUUUUUAAACAUUUAACAAUUGAUGGGGCCACAACAAUGGAGAUUAAUUCGAAUAUAAAAUAGUAUCGGCAUAAUUUGUUAGAGUGAAUUUUAGAUUGUGGAUAAUAGGAACAGGAAGUGUUUAAACAUUUGAUUGGCUCACCGAGAGGGCGGUAAUAGGCUGACGUGUUUUUAGCCGCGGAGAGGGUGGAAAUAUGGCGAAAAUCGAAAAUUUAUAAAGUGCGCGGGGUCAAUCAUCUGUUAUUAUCUCGCGAUUGAAUAAUUCCUGAGACUGAUAUCGAGUUUUUCGUAGAGAAUUCAUCGGGGAGAAAUCGAGGAAGUGGUGGUGGUGUUUUUGGUGUCUCUUGUCGUUAUUCUCAGGAUUUUCUUUGGUGUUUAUACCCAAGUGGCGCGCAGUGCACAGUGGGACAGCAAUGGUGGGCGCGUGAUUUUGAACAAUUUCGAGGUUUCAAGGCUCCAACCAGAAAAUAGUGAGGAAGACCUAGAGAAAUGUCGUCGAAUAAAUCGACUGGGCCUCGGGCCCUGGUAGAACCUCUGACCCUUGCUGAUAAUGAGUUAUCAGCCCUGAAUAUUUCCAACAGUGACCACUACUCGACCUCUGAACUGGAGAGUUUUGUCAGCAUCGAGGCUGACCUGGAGUGCAUGAAUGAGGAAGUGAUGACGACCGAGGAGAUAAUUUUAGAGAGACCUGAGGACAAUGUGACAAUAGCACCUGACGUCGAGAUGACGGAUUUGUCGGAGGAAGUGCAGAGUGAGCAGAUUAUUUACACGACAGCGAACCAGACGAAUCAGAAUGUGGUGUUCCAGACGAAGCCAACUCUGCAGAGAGUUCCGAUGUCAGCGGUUCAGGUGAAGCCUAAUGUAGUGCAGCCAACACAGAGCCAGUCCAUUAUGAUAGUCUCACCAGCUGGGGGUUCAGGGACGAGUCAGAUAUUAAAGAUUUCUCACCCAGCGACAGCUUCUCGAGGACAGAUCCAGAGUUUGGCCCAGUCUAUAAUCACAGCGAAGUCCGCUGAUGGGAAUAUUGUCCACCUGAGAUCAGCCCAGACUGGAAAGCCCCUGGUAGCCACGAGUCAGGGAGCCAACAUCACCGUCAGCAAUAUCCAGGGGGCCAAAGCUGUGCAGAGUGUAAAACGGCCACCCCAGGUCGUUCAAAACAGAAACGUCAUCACUAAAAUGAUUCUCUCAGGGAGUCAGACACAGCCUGGCCAGGAGGUGAUCUUGACCUCGACUCAGGACAGCCCACAGUCACAGACCAUUAAAUUCUUGACAACAACCAAUGCCCCGGGGCUCAAUAGUCCUGCAAAAACCAUUACCUUCGCACAGGCACAGCAGAUGGGUCUCAUUUCGGGGACUAACAAGGUUCAGCAGAUUCUUCCUUCCACCACGCAGAAGCAACAGGGAAUUCUUCUCAAUAAAUCAGGGCUCGUGGUGCAGACUUCGACCUCUCAACCACCGAAACUCACUCUUAUUCCAACGAGCUCGGUUAAAUCACCAGCCAAAAUUCUUCCUGCACCCACUAUCACCACACAAGUUCGACAGACAACGAUUCCCAAUUCUCAGGUGGCCUUCACGAAUACUGGGAAGACCACGGUGCAGCCCAGUUCCCAGAAAGUCAUCAUCAGACAGAGUGCACUCAAGCCUGGGACUGUCCUGGGGGGUGGCCAGGUGAUACGAAUACCAGGGCACCCUAUUCAGAUGCCAGGGAGGCAAGUACAAUACGUGAGGCUCGUCAGCACAGCAUCAUCACCGACUACGAACGUCGUGACUGUUGGGAAACCCAAGACGCAAACCAUUCAGGCCAUGGGGGUCACUCAAAAAAUCGGGGGCCAACAGCAGCUCGUCAAGGUCGUUCCUUUGAACACUGCGGCGAAUCAACCGUUGAGGACUGUUGCUCCCAAGGCCACUAUCUCUGGAGGAAGUCAGAGGCUGUUAAUACCAGCACCAACACCUGCUGGAACUCAGGCGAAAAAUACUGUUGCAAUUCCUGCGUCAGCAUUAAGUCAAUUGGCCUCUGGACAGGCUGUAAUCUCAACGAAUUCUAACGUUGGAAAUAUUGUGGUACUGCCUGCUCAAUAUAUUCAACAGCCGCAAACGGAGGAAGUGAAACCCAAGCCCUCGCCGUCGACCCCAAGUCUUCUGAGUGGCUCACAAAGCACGAGUGGGAAUUUAUCCACAAGCUCGUCUGUAGAUCCACCGACACCCAAAGGCUCUCAAAAAACUGCUGCCAAUGCUGAAGCUAAUGGCAUACGACCCAGAAAGCCGUGCAACUGUACGAAGUCCCAGUGUCUCAAGCUAUACUGUGACUGCUUUGCUAAUGGUGAAUUCUGUCACAUGUGUAAUUGCAAUAAUUGCUCGAAUAACCUGGGGAACGAGGAGGAGAGACAGAGGGCAAUCAAGACGUGCCUCGAGAGAAAUCCCAAUGCCUUUCGUCCGAAAAUUGGAAAAGGCAGGGAGACUGGGGAUGAUAUAAGGAGACACAACAAGGGAUGCAAUUGCAAACGCAGUGGCUGCUUAAAAAAUUAUUGCGAAUGUUACGAGGCUAAGAUCCCCUGCUCGGCAAACUGCAAAUGCAUAGGCUGCAGGAAUGUAGAGGAGCCAGCUAUCGAGAAAAAAUCUCUGAAGGAUCUUGCUGAUGCUGCUGAGGUAAGAACGACUCAGCAGAUGAUGAAUAACUCCAAGGUACCGCAGUUCUCGGCCAUGACAUUCAGACCGCCUGCCACGUCCAAUACAGGACCUCGACAACCAUUUAAUUUCUUAACUGAAAAAGUCGUGGAGAUGACCUGCCAAUGUCUGAUGGCACAGGCUGAGGAUGCUGAACGUAGUAUGCUGGAUGAGGACACGUCGCAGAGACUGAUUAUCGAAGAAUUUGGACGCUGUCUCAAGGAAAUAAUUGAAUCAGCUUACGAGGCUGAGGCCACCACCUAGCAGGAUUAUCCUGAUAUUUAUUCGAGGGAUGUGAGGACGAUUGAUGAGUCUGUUUGUGUAAAAUAAAUGUCUGGUUAUGGAGAUGUUGUCCACA